ACAACCUGCAGCAGCUCUCGGUCAGGGUGCAGAUUCUCCUCAGCAGCCGCGGUGGAGAGAGAGGACCAGGGAGGAUACCGAGCUCCUGCAGGACGGAGAUCCUAUGAAAACCUAAAAAAAAGGACGAUCACUGCUGCGGUGGUCUGCACUGAGAGGGUCCUGAGAGGAGGGGCUCUGCAGAGGCUGGUUUUUCUGUUGUUCACCGUGAAGCAGCAGAACCUUCCUCAGUGAAGAAGAUGGGGAACCGGGGAAUGGAGGAUCUGAUUCCUCUGGUGAACAAACUGCAGGACGCCUUCUCUGCGAUCGGGCAGAAUGCGAACCUGGACCUGCCCCAGAUCGCUGUGGUUGGGGGUCAGAGUGCUGGGAAAAGCUCGGUUUUGGAGAACUUCGUUGGGAAGGAUUUCCUGCCCCGAGGCUCUGGCAUUGUCACUCGCCGCCCCCUGGUGCUGCAGCUCAUCAACUGCCCCACAGAGUAUGCCGAGUUCCUGCACUGCAAAGGAAAGAAGUUCACUGAUUUUGAUGAAGUGCGCCAGGAGAUCGAGGCUGAGACUGACCGCAUCACUGGGCAGAACAAGGGCAUCUCUCCAGUACCCAUCAACCUGAGAGUCUACUCGCCUCAUGUCCUGAAUCUCACUCUGGUGGACUUGCCUGGCAUGACAAAAGUGCCAGUUGGAGACCAGCCGUCUGAUAUCGAGUUCCAGAUCAAAGACAUGCUCAUGCAGUUCGUUACCAAGGAAAACUGCCUGCUGCUGGCCGUCUCUCCUGCCAACUCUGACCUCGCCAACUCAGACGCCCUCAAGAUCGCCAAGGAAGUGGACCCUCAAGGUCUGAGGACAAUUGGUGUGAUCACUAAGCUGGACCUGAUGGACGAAGGCACAGAUGCUCGUGAUAUCCUGGAGAACAAGCUACUACCUUUACGUCGAGGCUACAUCGGGGUAGUGAACCGCAGUCAGAAGGAUAUUGAUGGUAAGAAGGACAUCACUGCAGCCAUGGCAGCUGAGAGGAAGUUCUUCCUCACCCACCCAUCCUAUCGCCACCUGGCUGAGCGCAUGGGAACACCUUACCUGCAGAAAAUCCUCAAUCAGCAACUGACCAAUCACAUUCGAGACACGCUGCCAGGGCUGAGGAACAAGCUGCAGAGUCAGCUGCUGUCCAUCGAGAAGGAGGUAGAGGAGUACAAGAACUUCCGACCAGAUGAUCCAUCCCGCAAGACCAAGGCUCUUCUGCAGAUGGUUCAGCAGUUCGCCGUGGACUUUGAGAAGUGCAUUGAGGGCUCUGGAGAUCAGAUCGACACAUAUGAGCUGUCUGGGGGAGCCAGAAUCAACCGUAUCUUCCACGAGCGCUUUCCCUUUGAACUGGUCAAGAUGGAGUUUGAUGAGAAAGAGCUGCGCAAGGAGAUCAGUUAUGCUAUUAAGAACAUCCAUGGUAUCAGGACUGGUCUAUUCACCCCAGACAUGGCGUUUGAGACGAUCGUAAAGAGACAGAUCGCUAAGAUCAAAGAGCCGUGCCAGAAGUGUGUGGACCUGGUCAUCUCUGAGCUGGUCAAUACGGUCAGGCAGUGCACCAAGAAGCUGGCCCAAUACCCAAUGCUGAGGGAGGAGAUGGAACGGAUCGUCACACAACACAUCCGUGACCGAGAGAGUCGCACCAAGGGCCAGGUGAUGCUUCUUAUUGAUGUUGAGCUGGCGUACAUGAACACCAACCAUGAAGAUUUCAUUGGCUUUGCAAAUGCUCAGCAAAGAAGCAGUCAGAUGAGUAAGAAGAAGGAUGCAGGAAAUAAGGACGAGAUAAUGGUGAUCAGGAAGGGCUGGCUAACCAUCAAUAACAUCGGGAUUAUGAAGGGAGGAGCGAAGGAGUACUGGUUUGUACUGACGGCUGAGACUCUGUCGUGGUACAAAGAUGACGAGGAGAAAGAGAAGAAAUACAUGCUGCCCGUGGAUAACCUGAAGCUCAGGGACAUCGAGAAAAGCUUCAUGUCCAGCAAGCACAUCUUUGCUCUCUUCAACACUGAACAAAGGAAUGUGUAUAAGGACUACAGGCAGUUGGAAUUGGCCUGUGAGACACAGGAAGAAGUGGACAGCUGGAAGGCCUCCUUCCUGCGUGCUGGGGUUUACCCAGAACGCAUCAUGGACAAAGAAAAGCAGAGUGAAGCCAGUGAGGAGAGCAGCUCAGAAAGCUUCAUGCACUCCAUGGAUCCUCAGCUGGAGAGGCAAGUGGAGACCAUUCGCAACCUGGUGGACUCCUACAUGGCCAUCGUCAACAAGACCGUGCGUGAUCUCAUGCCCAAGACUAUCAUGCACCUCAUGAUUAAUAAUACUAAAGAGUUCAUCCAUGCCGAGUUGCUGGCUCAGCUCUACUCGUGUGGAGAUCAGAACACCCUGAUGGAGGAGUCGGCCGAGCAGGCCCAGCACAGGGACGAGAUGCUGCGGAUGUACUACGCGCUCAAAGAGGCCCUUAACAUCAUUGGAGACAUCAGCACCACCACUGUCUCCACCUCUCUGCCUCCACCUGUGGACGAUUCCUGGCUGCAGGUGCAGGGAGGACCCUCGGGACGCAGGUCUCCAAUGUCCAGCCCCACACCACAGCGUCGGGCCCCACCCGGACCCCCUCGUCCUGGUGGUCGCACUGCUCCAGGACCCCCAGCUGCUGGAGCUCCACCUGUCCCUUCCCGACCUGGAGCUUCCCCUGACCCCUUCAGUGGGGCUCCACCCCAGGUUCCCUCCCGCCCCAACCGUGCUCCUCCAGGUGUUCCCAGAAUUUCUAUCAGUGACCAAUGAGGAGGUCUGCAGAUGUCGGCGAGCUCAAGCCUCUCCAACAAGACCCCCCAGAUCCACAGAUUCCAUUACAGACCACUAACCCUGGAUCUGCAGUCAGAGGAAAACUCCUGCCUCCUCUGCUUCUGUCUCUCUCACACUUACACACAGUUGUACACACAAACACACACUUACACACACACACACACUUACACAAGCACAUCCCCAGCUGCCGACUCUGAGGUUGCGACCUUAAUCUCAACCUCAUUAGAUGCACAUAUUUAUUUGAAGGCACACUUGUCCUUUGAACAAUCGCACACAAAGGAUCAGACAGUCACGCUAAUGAUAUUUAAAGUGCAUUACGAUGGAUGUGAUGGAUAUAAUGGAUGUGAUUUAAUGCUGUAAUUCACUCACUCACUACAGACCACUCACUACAGACGUGCCAUUUGUGCCAUGUGUGCCAUUUCACUUCAUCACCAGUAUAAGCUCUAUAUAUUUUUCACAAUGAAGAACAACGAACAGUGUACAAACACAGUAUUUUGAGUAUUUAAUGAGUCCAGGCUGCAUUUCUCAGAAAGCUUUAUUCUAUUAUAAAUGCUAGCACAUGAUGCUAAAUGGCCUUGGCUUGCCUUACAGAGGUCUUUAGUAAUAUAAGUAACAUUUGCUAACUCUCAGUGAGAGAGUGCCUCUCUUCCUGCUCUCCCAAGACUGGCCUGCAUGCUACUCAGACCAAGCAAAAGCCUGCUGCUAAUAAACACUCACUCACCCUCACGCUGACUUUCUGCUGCUACUUUCCCUGAAUUUCCCCGAAAUUUACCCUGAUGUAUUGUCUUCAGUCUAAGAUACCCUAUAUUGUUGACACUAGACAAUGGAAUGAGGAAGGUGGUUAUAAAUAGAGCUGCUUCAUUUAAGGAAUAAUGUAAUAUCUUAUUUUUUCUUUUUUCUUUCAUUUUGUUGCCAUAAAGGACCAGAAUGGCCAUGUAGGCUGGGUAAACCUUGCCUAACUUUAAGGUGGAGAUAAUGAGCCUUAGUCUAACUACCUGGAGUACCGGUAUAUAUGAGCAAUAGUUUUGCCUAGUUUUGAUUGAAGCACUCUCUUGAUACUUGAGUUUGUUUUGUUGGAAUUACAAUAUGUAUUAAAUAUAUUAGCAUUGUCGCUGUCUCACAAAACCCUUUUUGUCACACAUAGUUUGAAUCUGGCAAUAGUCCUCUACAAAAAUCUCACAAUAGAAUCAUUUUACACUGACUUCCACUGAAAGUUCUGAAUGUUUUAUCUUAUCCUGUUGCCACAGAUGUUAUAUACAGUAAAGUAGCACAUACAGUACUUUGCCAAAGUAUUGAGGCUACAAAUACUUAAUAGAAGUUAAUCUAUACAAAUUUAAAGGUAUUUAUAAGAUAAUUUAUUGUCCUGAAAACAGUAGCAGCUUCAACAGUUUGAUUUCAUUAAAUGGUCUUAUUUUUUCUCUAUUUCCUUCUUUUUUAGUUAGAGCUUCUUCUUUAGUUUUCAGUUUUGGUGGUCUACAAGGUCUUCCAUGGUUGUCAGAGGACCCAUUUUCUGUGUAGUUUUUAGAAAACUCCUGUUUUAUUCUUUUCUGUUUUGACCUAAAUUUAUUACAAUGAAUUAAGGCUGGUUUUAACAGGUUUAUAGAGUCCCUAGGCAACACUAUACAGAAAAUGAGGUUUUGUCAUAUAUAUAUACUAACUAGCAAUAAUGGGAAUGCAUCAAUUAAAUAAUAGCUAAUUAAUGGCUAAUUAAUAACUGUAGGUACUAUAUAUUGCUUUUUUAAUACAGACAUGCUUGCAGGCUGCUAUUUCAGUGCUUCAUUUUUUUUGUUCUCAACUUUUAUUUUUCCUUUUCGCUCUAUAUCUUCUGUUUUCUUUUUCCCGCUAGCCGUCCAAACAAAGGAAGCCCUUCUCACGGAGAGAGCCCUCAUCCUUCAUUCGAUUCGUAGAACCCAACCUUCCUCCUUUCUUCCUUCUUCAUCCCUCCUCUCCCUCUCCCUCUCUCUCUACUGCCUUUCCUCUAAACAAGAGGAUGUUGAACAGCGUGGACAUUAUAAAGGCCUGAAGAUCCUGUGGGUGCUGCAUUAAUCUGUUUACAGUACUCUGUGCAGUGUGUGAUCCGAUCUGGAGGUUUGAUCUUGAGGAGACCCAGGGGGAUGUUGGCAGGGAUUAUGGGAGAUUUGAGGACCCUCUGUGUACCCUAAGCUACUCACUUUGUCAGGGGUUUGUGAGUGGAAUGACCAAUGUUGGACUUGUAUCACCGUGUCAAGUCACCUGCAGUGUUACUCGUACUGAAAAUGCUGUGCAGUGUUUCUAUGUUUACACUAUAGAUAAUAAUGUCGAUAAAGUGUUCUAUAUUGAGCUGUCACUUAUAAGGAAUACUCACAGCACGUUUUUUGCCUCGUUAAUAAAGCCAACUCAGCCAUCAAUACGGACUAGAGGACAAAAUAAAGUGUUUUUGACUGUUUUAGUCCUCUGUCUGCAGCUGAUGGAAAUAUAACCUUGGCUAUUUUGUGGUGCUUUAUGUUUCUUUAAGGUCAGAAAUGUAUUUUAUAUUAAUUUAAACCACAUAGUGUCAAUUUUGUCCUCAGUCUGGGGUCAUUUGUGUUGCCAAAUAAGCUGAAAAUGCUAAUGUGGCUAAUGGUGACUGAAAGCUGGUGGAUUUUUGAGGUGGGUAGAUACAAAGUACAAUUUUGAGGUCAAAUGAGAUCAAUUUCAGUUCUUUUCAGAACAGUGCAUUUCAGGAGCCUGAAGAUGCACUGCAAGUGAAAUUAUUUGGUUCCGAAUAAGUGAAAGGACCAUAUAACCUGCACCUAAAUAUCUUAUUAUGUCAUAUUUUUCCUUGUGGUAAUGUCUGCAGGUACGUUAAAAAUGUUCAGUGUUCAAUAAAUAUUUUUUAAAUUGUAGUCUUGUAACUGCUUUUCAUCUGAAAAGCAAGACAAACCUACUUUUAGGCAUUUUAUUUAUGCAUUAAUGGGGAAAAUUGCUAAAUCAGUGAAAACAAAUAAAAGAUUUCGGUAUUCAAAAAUUGUUUGAUAAAUGGUUUAAUUUGGUUCAGUUUGGGCCAAAAAUCUUAAUUUCAGUGCAUUCCUACUAAAGGCAUCUAGCUAGCUAGCUAACUAGCUUAGCUACUUUAUGCUCAGUUACAGGUUAGGUUUUCACACUAACAUAACAAUUUUUUUAUUUCUUAUUUUGUUGAUGCUCAUUUCUCUCUCUUUGAAGGUUUACAAUUUCAUUUUAAAACCAAAUUAAAAUCUAAAAAGAGAGACUCAAAAAACAGAAAAAUAGUUCCAAAUAAACUCCAAAUGCUAUCGGCUAUCUGUUUCACUGUAUUCUGACAGGAAAAGUGUUUAUUUUUUACCAUAUAUCUCACUUUUGGAAUGAUUUUUAUAAAUGUAACUUUUCUGCUUUAGUCAUUAUUCCAUUGAAGCAGCAAUACUUUAACUUUAAAUUGUGUUUUGGUUACUCUACCCACGGAUCUCUGAUCAGUUAGCUUUAUGCAAACAAGAUCGUGCUAACUGAGCCUCGUCUGCUUUCGUUCACUGUUGGCCACAUUGUCCUUUUUUGCAUCGAGGUAUUUAUUUCUUUGAAUGAGAUGUACAUAUGUUGGAAUCUAUAUUGUGCAAUGUGUCUGACUGCGUUACUGAAAUUGCGUCAGAGUUAUUGUUGAAGUCUUAUGAGCUAAGUAAUAAAGAUAAUUAUUUGGAUUUCUAGAAUAAACCUAUGUUUCUAAUUUAUUGAAGCAUGAAUGGAGAUAUUUGUAAAACUUGAACUGAAAAGACAGAUAUAUAAAAUUAUAUUAAAAGCAACAAAAAGUGAAUGAUAAAUUCACCAGCUAGACCCUUACACAAAUCUGAGAGUGAUAUUAGCUACUAUGCUAUUUUUCAGUGUUAUACACAGAUUUGUAAUGUAUCAGUGUAUGUCUGUGGUGCCUCUUUGGGAAUUGUGCUUCUGUUUCUUGGUGUCCAUAAUUACUGUAUGUACAAAUAACUAAAUAUGAGAUGUGAAACUCAAAGAAGUGAUUGUAAAGAGAUGAGUGCUAUGUGUGUAUACAUAUUGUGAGGCCUGGAUCAUGCUCCUGUUUAAAUGAAUGGCGUGAAUGUGUACGUGUCUACCUGCUGCCUCCUGUAUCCUAUUGCCAUUGGUCUGGCCUCAGAAACUGGCCGGUGCUUUGUGAUGAAAUUAAAACGUGGAACAAA